AUGGAGGCCGAACGAAUUUUAGAAUAUCUGACCGAAGUUGAAGAGGCGGCAGAGGAUGUUCUUGCAAACAAACAACAGGUAAUGUUUGGUCAUUCAAGAUACUUUGUACGAACACUGUUACUGUCCAUGUUGAUAGCUCGCAGGCUAAUUAAAUCGGUUGUAAUUUAACCAAACGUUAGCUGGGAAGCUAGCUAGUUAAUGUUAGCUAACGGCCAGCUAGCGAGCCAUUGGACUCCCUAAAAACACGCCACUUCGAGACAAGGGACUUUUUCCCUAACCCUUUAACUAAUUCUCCUAAUGUACUACGAAAAAGUCGUAACUGUAUCGAAUGGCGUGUUUUUAGGGAACCACCGGGACAUGGUGGGUCGCACCCACGGAGGUAUAAUGGUCGCACCUAGCCUGGGCAGCCGCUAGUGGGCUUUAUGGAGCUCUCCAGUAUCUGCUCGUGCUCGGGUUGAUAUGCACAGCCGGUAAUGCACUCGUGUCCCCCAGCGACCGUUUUGUACCGUAGAGAAUGAUAGAGGCCUCUAGUGGCCAAAAGACCGUGUUAGCACGGACAGGGCUUCCACCAUUUUAAUGUAGUCAACUAGGGGAGAAAGGGGUAGCUGCAGCUUGCUAUGGGCGAGUUCAGGGUUGCCAGGUCUAUCUACAAUUUUAAGGAAAUGACUUCUCAAAACCAGCUCACAAUGCCUGAAAACACGCCCACAUUUUAUUUCCCGUUGCCACAUUUAGCAAAUAAACCCUUUUUCCAUAAUGUUAUGGAGCAAAUUAAUUUGUAAAUAUCUAGGCUAAGAAGCAAAAUCAAAAUAAUUAUUCUUGCUAGCUUAAGAAUAUGUCUCAAGAGAAAAGAUAAUUUGCCCUCAUUAAACUCGCCAGAUCAUUUUCCAUCAAUGGAUGAGGAUUUAACUUGUUUGACUGUUAUGAUUGAGCUAUAAGGCCCGAGGAGGUGUGAUAGGCUAUAUGACCAAGGGACGGCUCUUAGCCGUGGUAUAUUGGCCAUAUACCACAAACCCCUGAGGUGCCUUAUUGCUAUUAUAAACUGGUUACCAACAUAAUUAGAACAGUGAAAAUGAUUUUUUUUGUCAUACCCGUGGUACACGGUCUGAUGUACCACGGCUUUCAACCAAUCAGCAUUCAGGGCUCAAACCACCCAGUUUAUAAUUGUAAAUAAAUCCUGUUUGUGUAUGUGCAUAUUGCAUAACUAUAGAUACAUCCGAAAGGAGAGUUUGAGUGAUGAAAGUUGGACAGAGGAUCUCAAUCUCUGUGCAAGAAACACUUGGACAAACUUCAAACAAUGAAUGUUGGGUUAUUUUCUGUCUAUCCUGCCAUUAUUAUGUGCCAGAUGUUAAGACUACAAACCAUUAUAAAUGGCCAGAUGUUAAGACUACAAACCGUUAUAAAUGGCCUAUUUUGCGAGAUUGACUUGUCAUUUCAAUAGGCAUAGGCUACCAAAGUUUGCUGAGCUAGAUGCAGGUAGCCUAUAGCCCCAGAUAGACCAUCAUCUCAUUUCAGAGAAAAGUCCACAUUGAAACUGACAUUAAAUGUGAAGAAUGAUACAUUUUCAAUAGAGCUGUGACCAUGAUCACAAUUAAUAACUUCCAAUUUAAUUAACUAAACAUGGCCAUUUAAUAAUUGCAUAAUAACACGAGACUACAACAACAAUAAACUGAAGUAAUAAGCUAUUUAUUAAAACCGUUUGCCAGCUCGAGGUAGUGGCACAAAUUGAUUUGCAAUGACUCCAGCGAUCAUCAUUUCAACAUAUUUAUUGUAUCAAACGGUAGGCUACAGUAGCCUACAAUGGGAUAGAAAUUAAUAGCACUACUUGAUGGCCAACAGAUGCAAAUGUAUCAUUCUCCACAUUUAGGGUGUUUCUCAAUAUGCAUACUGCUGUGCUCCACAAUUUCAUGCUCGGAGUGCAUUUUCCGACCACGUUCUCUUGAGUGAGGACAGGAGAAUGGAGAAUGCAUAAAACAAUAUAUUUGAGAAGCACUCGCACUCCCCCUACUGUAUUACCAAAUAUUUUUUAUAUCUAAACCAAGAUAGACCACAGCCUGUCGUUUCCAAUGGGAACAGAUGAGUAUUGAUGUGGUUCUGAGUGAUUGUUUAUGACACUCUUUUACGACACCUAUGGUAUACAACGCUGUGUACUACUCCCUUCACAGAACAGCGCAAACUGUCUCUAACCAGAAUAGAAAGAGGAGUGGGAGGCCCCGGUGCACAACUGAGCAAGAGGACAAAUACAUUAGUGUCUAGUUUGAGAAACAGACGCCUCACAGGUCCUCAACUGGCAGCUUCAUUAAAUGGUACCCGCAAAACACCAGUCUCAACGUCAACAGUGAAGAGGUGACUCCGGGAUACUGACCUUCUAGGCAGAGUUGCAAAGAAAAAGCCAUAUCUCAGACUGGCCAAUAAAAAGAAAAGAUUAAGAUGGGCAGUUUGAUGAGGAUAAGACCAGUUGACGGAGGUACUGGAUCAGUUUGAUACAUAUUGUUCACCUAAGAAGAAGAGACAUAUGUCUCUUGUAUACAACAGCAAGGUCAAAAGUUUGACAUCUUUGUUACAGAUUUGAAAAUAAAAGCAUGUACGUGUAAUUUUGUAGACCUAACCUCAUUUGUGCUUCGAGAUGAGAUUGUGUUUGGUAUAAAUGACUCCAGAGUUCGAGAAAGAUUGCUGCAGGAAAGUGAGUUACAUUUGGAUACUGCAUAAAAAAUAUGUCAGGCGAAUGAGCUGGCACAAUUGCAUAUUAAAACCUUUAGCUCCACACCAGCAAACACUGCUAUGGAGGUGGAAAGCGCAGCAGUGGAUUCUGUAGACAAGGACACAAGGGGGCGCUGUGAGCAAAGGAGCCACAAGCAAUAUGACUGUAAUAGGUGUGACACCAGUCACCAGGCCAGGAAGUGCCCUGCCUUUGGAAAAUGUUGCUACAAGUGCAAAGGGAAAAAUCUUUUGGGGAAAAAUGUGUUUUGCAAAGGACAAGUAUGGGAGACAAAGUUGAAACGAAGGAGAAACGAAGGAGAAUGAACAAAGUGAUUUGUUUGUGGGUACUGUGGAUUGCAUGGAGGACGGGCAAGAACCAUCACAGGUCCAUACUGGAGCUAGUGACCACUGGGUUGUACCACUCAUGGACAAAUGAUACAAUUUUGACCUUAAAGCUGGCUAAAGCCAACCUGAUCAAAAUGAGGGAUUUUCAUGAGCUAAAGCACAAACCAGCCAUCAUGCAAAAGGCUGUGGCUCUCAAAGCGUACAAUGGCCAAGCAAUUGAGACUAAAGGUUUGCUAAACGUCUGCUAAAUGAUGUAAAUGUAAAACAAGAAGCCAAACACUUAUGUUUGUGAUUGUACCAGAGGGGAUAAGCUGUCCUCGGAGGUUGUGCAGCCUGAUCAUGCCAAGGUCAAAGCGGUGAGGGAGAUGGCAAACCCCACAGAUAGGAAAGGGAUUCCGCGUGUUUUGGGUAUGGUCAACUGUUUGGGGAAGUUUGUACCAAACCUGUCAGCUAAAACGGUGAACUGAAGGUCACUCCUUCAGGACAAGACAGAGUUAUCAUAGAACAGAGAACAUGAAAGAGAGUUGUUCGAUGUACAAAACAUUUUGUCUGAAGAGCCAGUGCUAACUUGUUUCAACCUGACAGGCCUACUAAGGUGUUCACGGACGCCUCCAAAGAUGGCGUUGGAGCAGUGCUUCUUCAGGAGCAUCAGGGGAUGUGGAGCACGUGGCUUAUGCGGACCGUUCUUUGACUGAUGCUGAGAAGAGUUAUGCUCCAAUAGAAAAGGAGUGCCUAGGGUUGGUCGUUUGGUUGUGAGAAGUUUCACUGUUACAUUUAUGGCUUACCAAAGGUGAUUCUAGAAACAGACCAUAAACCCCUUAUUCCAAUCUCCCUAAAAAAAAUCUGAAUGACAUGCCUCCUCGUCUUCAGAGGAUGAUGAUGAUGAAGGUUGCAACGCUAUGGUUUUGUUCUAAUCUACAGUACCAGUCAAAAGUUUGGACACACCUACUCAUUCAAGGGUUUUUCUUUAUUUUUACUAUUUUUUUACAUUGUAGAAUAAUAGUGAAGACAUCAAAUUAAAACAUGUAUUUUAUAUUUGAGAUUCUUCAAAUAAGCCACCCUUUGCCUUGAUGACGGCUUUGCACACGCUUGGCAUUCUCUCAACCAGCUUCAUGAGGUAGUCACCUGGAAUGCAUUUCAAUUAACAGGUGUGCCUUGUUACAUUUUAUUCAUUUAGCAGACGCUCUUAUCCAGAGCGACUUACAGUUAGUGAGUGCAUACAUUUUCAUACUAAAAGUUAAUUUGUGGAUUUUCUUUCCUUCUUAAUGCGUUUGAGACAAUCAGUUGUGUUGUGACAAGGUAGGGGGGGGGGUAUACAGAAGAUAGCCCUAUUUGGUAAAAGACCAAGUCCAUAUUAUGGCAAGAACUGCUCAAAUAAGCAAAGAGAAACAACAGUCCAUCAUUACUUUAAGACAUGAAGGUCAGUCAAUACGGAACAUUUCAAGAACUUUGAAAGUUUCUUCAAGUGCAGUCUCAAAAACCAUCAAGCAGUAUGAUGAAACUGACUCUCAUGAGGACCGCCACAGGAAUGGAAGACCCAGAUUUACCUCUGCUGCAGAGAAGUUCAUUAGAGUUACCAGCCUCAGAAAUUACAGCCCAAAUAAAUGCUUCAGAGUUCAAGUCACAGACACAUCUCAACAUCAACUCUUCAGAGGGGACUGUGUGAAUCAGGCCUUCAUGGUCGAAUUGCUGCAAAGAAACCACUACUAAAGGACACCAAUAAGAAGAAGAGACCUGCUUGGGCCAAGAAACACGAGCAAUGGACAUUAGACCGGUGGAAAUGUGUCCUUUGGUCUGGAGUCCAAAUUGGAGAUUUUUGGUUCCAACUGCCGUGUCUUUGUGAGACGCGGUGUGGGUGAAUGGAUGAUCUCCGCAUGUGUGGUUCCCACCGUGAAGCAUGGAGGAGGAGGUGUUAUGGUGGGGGGGUGCUUUGCUGGUGACACUGUCUGUGAUUUUAUUUAGAAUUCAAAGCACACUUAACCAGCAUGGCUACCACAGCAUUCUGCAGCGAUAUGCCAUCCCAUCUGGUUUGGGCUUAGUGGGACUAUCAUUUGUUUUUCAACAGGAUAAUGACCCAACACACCUCCAGACUGUGUAAGGGCUAUUUUACCAAGAAGGAGAGUGAUGGAGGGCUGCAUCAGAUGACCUGUCCUCCACAAUCCCCCGACCUCAACCAAAUUGAGAUGGUUUGUCGGACCACAGAGUGAAGGAAAAGCAGCCAACAAGUGCUCAGCAUAUGUGGGAACUCCUUCAAGACUGUUGGAAAAGCAUUCCAGGUGAAGCUGGUUGAGAGAAUGCCAAGACUGUGCAAAGCUGUCAUCAAGGAAAAGUGUGGCUAUUUGAAGAAUUUCUAGUAUCAAAUAUAUUUUGAUUUGUUUAACACUUUUUUGGUUACUACAUGAUUCCAUAUGUGUUAUUUCAUAGUUUUGAUGGCUUUCACAAUGUAGAAAAUUGUAAAAAUAAAGAAAAACCCUUGAAUGAGUAGGUGUGUCCAAACUUUUGACUGGUACUGUAGGUGCCUGGGUCAACUUUAGUGGUAGCAGAUGCCCUCUCAGUGGCUCCACCAGCGGUGGCCCAAAACAGCCUCAGUCAGGAGUUUAUGGAGGAGGAGGUUGCCUUGCAUGUGGAUAUGGUCAUGGGAGUCACUUCCUGUUUCUGACAGCAACUAAGGAGAAUAGCUGAAGAGACCAUAACAGAUCCCAUUCUUUGCAAGGUGAUCCAUCAUCUGGAAAAUGGGCUUUUGUAAGCAGCACUUCCCAGUAAGCGCAGAGCUGUCAGUGGUCAAUGGUGUUGAAGACUAACAGAGUGGUGAUUAAGGACCUCUGGGAGCUGAGAAAUGUAAGAGAAGGCCAGAGAGUCCCUUUAUUGGUCAAAUAUCAAUUCUAACAUUGAGCAAACGGUGGGAAAUUGUGACACGUCUCAAAUGUCAUUAUAGACAGCCCAAGGAGCCCAUGGUUAUGGGAGAGGUACCCACCACAGCCUGGGAGAAGGUACCCACCACAGCCUGGGAGAAGGUACCCACCACAGCCUGGGAGAAGGUUGGAGUGGACUUGUUUGACUAUAACCUUGAAAUUGCACCCUUGUGCAGCACAACAGCAAAGACUGUCAUUUUGCAUUUGAAUUUUUUUUUUGCUAGGCAUGGGAUUCCCCUAGUGGUGGUUCCUGAUAAUGCACCUACGUUUAAGACGUUUGCUGAGCAUUAUGAGUUCAGACCUAUAACCUCUAGUCCGCUAUAUCCUAAAAGUAACGGACAGGUUGAAAAGGGUGAAGAUACUCUUCAACAAGGCAGCACACAGUGGGACUGAUCCAUACUCUUCAACAAGGCAGCACACAGUGGGACUGAUCCAUACUCUUCAACAAGGCAGCACACAGUGGGACUGAUCCAUACUCUUCAACAAGGCAGCACACAGUGGGACUGAUCCAUACCCUUCAACAAGGCAGCACACAGUGGGACUGAUCCAUACCCUUCAACAAGGCAGCACACAGUGGGACUGAUCCAUACCCUUCAACAAGGCAGCACACAGUGGGACUGAUCCAUACCCUUCAACAAGGCAGCACACAGUGGGACUGAUCCAUACCCUUCAACAAGGCAGCACACAGUGGGACUGAUCCAUACUCUUCAACAAGGCAGCACACAGUGGGACUGAUCCAUACUCUUCAACAAGGCAGCACACAGUGGGACUGAUCCAUACUCUUCAACAAGGCAGCACACAGUGGGACUGAUCCAUACUCUUCAACAAGGCAGCACACCGUGGGACUGAUCCAUACUUGGCUUUAUUGUCUUACAGAGUAGCGCUCUUGGAAUGUGGCCUGUCACCUGCAGAAAUCCUAAUGGGACGCAAGUUGCGUUCCAGGUUGCCUAUUUUCUGCCUGAAUCACUGCCCAUUAAAAAUCAAAUCAAAUCAAAUUUUAUUGGUCACAUGCGCCGAAUACAACAGGUGCAGACAUUACAGUGAAAUGCUUACUUACAGCCCUUAACCAACAGUGCAUUUAUUUUAAACAGAAAAAGUAAGAAUAAAACAACAAAAAAGUGUUGAGAAAAAAAGAGCAGAAGUAAAAAUAAAGUGACAGUAGGGAGGCUAUAUAUACAAUAGAAUAAAGUGACAGUAGGGAGGCUAUAUAUACAGGGGGGUACCGUUGCAUAGUCAAUGUGCGGGGGCACCGGCUAGUUGAGGUAGUUGAGGUAAUAUGUAACAUUAGCUGUGCAGGACCCUGCAGUUGAAGGCAAGACAAACUCUACUAUGACAAAACUGCUAGACUGUUGUCACCGUUGGCAGCUCAGGAUGCGGUUCGAAUUCGGCGUCCGGAUUAAUGGGUUAGAAAGGCUACUGUAUUGGAGGAGAUUACGCCUCAGUCAUAUACAGUCAGGACAGAAGAUGGCGCAAUAGACAAAGCCUUUUGAGAACACAGGAGACGUUUGAGGACGCUCAGGACACAGUCAUGCUGCCACGGGACACACAGUCAUACUGCCAUGGGAGACACAGUCAUACUGCCACGGGACACACCGUCAUACUGCCACUGGACACACAGUCAUGCUGCCACUGGAGACACAGUCAUACUGCCACGGGACACACAGUCAUACUGCCACUGGAGACACAGUCAUACUGCCACUGGAGACACAGUCAUACUGCCACGGGAGAGACAGUCAUACUGCCACGGGAGAGACAGUCAUACUGCCACUGGACACACAGUCAUACUGCCACUGGACACACAGUCAUACUGCCACUGGAGACACAGUCAUACUGCCACUGGAGACACAGUCAUACUGCCACGGGAGACACAGUCAUACUGCCACGGGAGACACAGUCAUACUGCCACGGGAGAGACAGUCAUACUGCCACUGGAGACACAGUCAUACUGCCACGGGAGACACAGUCAUACUGCCACUGGACAAGACACAGUCAUACUGCCACUGGACACAGUCAUACUGCCACUGGACACAGUCAUACUGCCACGGGACACACAGUCAUACUGCCACGGGACACACAGUCAUACUGCCACGGGACACACAGUCAUACUGCCACUGGAGACACAGUCAUACUGCCACUGGAGACACAGUCAUACUGCCACUGGACAAGACACAGUCAUACUGCCACUGGACACAGUCAUACUGCCACUGGACACAGUCAUACUGCCACGGGACACACAGUCAUACUGCCACGGGACACACAGUCAUACUGCCACUGGACACACAGUCAUACUGCCACUGGAGACACAGUCAUACUGCCACUGGAGACACAGUCAUACUGCCACGGGAGACACAGUCAUACUGCCACUGGAGACACAGUCAUACUGCCACUGGAGACACAGUCAUACUGCCACUGGACACACAGUCAUACUGCCACUGGAGACACAGUCAUACUGCCACUGGAGACACAGUCAUACUGCCACUGGACACACAGUCAUACUGCCUCGGGACACACAGUCAUACUGCCACGGGACACACAGUCAUACUGCCACGGGAGACACAGUCAUACUGCCACUGGAGACACAGUCAUACUGCCACUGGACACAGUCAUACUGCCACGGGACACACAGUCAUACUGCCACGGGACACACAGUCAUACUGCCACGGGACACACAGUCAUACUGCCACGGGAGACACAGUCAUACUGCCACUGGAGACACAGUCAUACUGCCACUGGAGACACAGUCAUACUGCCACUGGACACAGUCAUACUGCCACUGGACACAGUCAUACUGCCACUGGACACAGUCAUACUGCCACUGGACACAGUCAUACUGCCACGGGACACACAGUCAUACUGCCACGGGACACACAGUCAUACUGCCACUGGAGACACAGUCAUACUGCCACUGGAGACACAAUCAUACUGCCACGGGAGACACAGUCAUACUGCCACGGGAGACACAGUCAUACUGCCACUGGAGACACAGUCAUACUGCCACGGGAGACACAGUCAUACUGCCACGGGACACAGUCAUACUGCCACUGGAGACACAGUCAUACUGCCACUGGAGACACAAUCAUACUGCCACUGGACACAGUCAUACUGCCACGGGAGACACAGUCAUACUGCCAUGGGAGACACAGUCAUACUGCCACGGGACACAGUCAUACUGCCACGGGACACAGUCAUACUGCCACUGGAGACACAGUCAUACUGCCACGGGAGAGACAGUCAUACUGCCACGGGACACACAGUCAUACUGCCACUGGACACAGUCAUACUGCCACGGGAGACACAGUCAUACUGCCACUGGAGACACAGUCAUACUGCCACUGGAGACACAGUCAUACUGCCACUGGACACAGUCAUACUGCCACUGGACACAGUCAUACUGCCACGGGAGACACAGUCAUACUGCCACUGGAGACACAGUCAUACUGCCACGGGAGACACAGUCAUACUGCCACUGGAGACACAGUCAUACUGCCACGGGACACAGUCAUACUGCCACUGGAGACACAGUCAUACUGCCACGGGACACACAGUCAUACUGCCACUGGACACAGUCGUACUGCCACUGGAGACACAGUCAUACUGCCACUGGAGACACAGUCAUACUGCCACGGGACACAGGACAAAGAAAGGAGAACAAGUAGGGAUGUUUCUGUGACAGCAGCUUCAGACCCUGCAUCAGGCCUCCAGAAAGACUGACUAUUCAGUGGUGAUGUUUAAUGGACUGAGAGGCUGACUCAUUGACUUGUUGGGGUUUGUUUUGAUAUUUUCACGGACUAUUUUGAAACGGGGAUGAAUUGGUAUUUGUGAAUUGACAUUGCUUGUUGAUGAAAUGUGUAUGUUUGUAAAAAGGAAAAUAAAAGGAAGAUGUGAGACACUCUUUUACGACACCUGUGGUAUGUUUGUGGGCAAUGGCGGAAUGACAGAAAAAACAUGUUAAAUAUGAUUGAUGGUGAUGGUCGUCGUUGCUCGCUGGUACCAACAUAGUAAUACAGUGGACAGAACAAGCAAGGAGGUGGGCAGAGCCAAUCACGAGCUAGCGAGAUCCUAUUGGCCCGUUCUAGCAUAUAUCUGCAUAUUUCCGUUAGGGAACGCCUACUCUGUGAAGUGCGCGUGUGCAGUAACUCAAUUCACCUUUGCACUCCUUCUAAACAAUGCACUCCUUCUAAACAAUGCACAAAGGCUAAAGUCUACAAAACUUACUCCACUCUGUUCAUAACAUAUUCUAGUUUUGGGAUCAGAAAACUGUAUUGAGAUAUUUGCAGAAUGUUGGCCAGAAUCCAUCUCCUUCCAUCUUCUCCCACUGCCGGCCCCUGGGCUUCCUCUCACUACCAUAUUUGGUAGUGAGAGGAAACGCCAAUCAGAUGCUUGGUAUUUAUACAUCCGGUGGAAUAUCUGGCUCAUUGUUCUAUCUGUGUUAGUAUCUCACGCUUCACUGAACCUUCAACAAUAGACGAAAAUAUAUAUAUAUAUAUAUACACAAAGCAAACGGUUUACUUCAUAACUAUCAACUAGCUAUAUGUGAAUCAAAAUAAUGUAGCUAACCAGAUAGUUUAACAGGCAAAAAUGACCUAAAACUAAUAUUAUGUAAGAAAGAUGUCAAUUCCUCGUGCAUUGCUGGCUAACAAUUAUUCAUAGUAUCUGGCUAGCUAACAGUACUAGUAGCUAGCUAGUUAGCCCUAUUGACUUAUUAUGGGUUUGCUAUCUACGGUACAUAGGCAGGUAAAAAUGCCAAAAUUAACACAGCAUGUAUUUUAUUAACGUAUCAAGAUAAAAUAUUGUAGUCAGGCAACAUAUGAGAUGUGAAAAGGCAACGUUUCAUUCCGAAGUCGGAUUGUAUUUUUUCCUUACAUUUCCUCCUUAACAAGAUUAAAUGGCAAGAUGAACCGGACGCCGGGGUACACGACUUUAUUACCGGCUGUGGAGAACCAUAGAGCCCACUAGCGGUUGCCCAGGCUAGGUCGCACCCAGGCUAGGUCGCACCCAGGCUAGCUAGUUUUUGACAUUCCAUUUUCCUCACAUUCACUCAUUGUCACUGUAUAAUACAGUUAACACAACUACUGCUGUUAAUGUGGCUGUUUUUAGAUCGUGGAUCUGGACACGAAGCGGAAUAUGAACAGGGAAGCGUUGAAUGCUCUGAAACAUGAGAUGGCAUCGGAAGGUGGGUGCUGUUCAGAAUGACGACGGUUCGGAGCUCUUAUUCAAAGAUUAAUAAACUCAAAGACAUUACCACCCUCUUUGAUGCUAAAUUAAAAGUCACAGGCAGAGCCGUGGACGAUGACGACGUUUCAUAUCAGUCUUUCUGAAUGAUAAUUCAUAAACACAUUUCAAUGUUCCAUUAUCUCUCAGAAAAUACGUAAAUGUUUUAUGUAUCACCUGCAAUUCAAUCUCUUAUUCAUCCUUUUUUUGUACAUGCAGAGAAAGUGAAGGUUUGCUUUGGAAACAUGUUCAUCAAAUUCCCCAAAGCAAAGACUAAAGAGAUGAUACAGAGGGGUAAGAGUUUCCUCAUGCUCAGAUCUGUUUUAAUGACUGUGAAGCAGGAUGCCAGCCUCUGGAAUGUGUUGGGUUUCAUCUGGAAUGUGUUGGGUUUCAUCUGGAAUGUGUUGGGUUUCAUCUGGAAUGUGUUGGGUUUCAUCUGGAAUGUGUUGGGUUUCUCUGACCAGAUCAGGAGCAGCUUGACAAGGAGAUCAACAACCUUCGCCAAGCCCUGAAAGACAAACUCAACCGCCUCAAUGAACUGCAAGGUAAAAUCUUUACAUAAUAUCAUCAACCAUGCUUCCUUUCCUUAAGGCUGUAGUGGACAGUACUGGGCCUGGUUUCCCAAAAGCAUCUUAUGGCUAAGUUCAUCAAAGAAGCACAGGAUCCUAUGGUUUUCAUGAUAAACUUAGCCUUAAGAUGCUUUUGGAAAACCGGGCCCCGAUCAGUAAUGUAUCCUUCAACAAUGCAUAGCCUAAAUUUCUCAACACUUUUUUUUGUUGUUUUAUUUUACUUUUUUUAAAUUAAAAAUAAAUGCACUGUUGGUUAAGGGCUGUAAAUAAGCAUUUCACUGUAAUGUCUGCACCUGUUGUAUUCGGCGCAUGUGGCCAAUACAAUUUGAUUUGAUUAACGUUAGUAUGCAUUAUCUUGUGGAUACUGUUGUAAAGACUUAAUAAUAAUAAUAUGCCAUUUAGCAGACGCUUUUAUCCAAAGCGACUUACAGUCAUGCGUGCAUACAUUAUUAUUUUUUGUGUAUGGGUGGUCCCGGGGAUCGAACCCACUACCCCUGGUGUUACAAGCACCGUGCUCUACCAGCUGAGCUACAGAGGACCAAGCGCCGUGCUCUACCAGCUGAGCUCCAGAGGACCAAGCGCCGUGCUCUACCAGCUGAGCUCCAGACGACUUGUGUUUGUGUUUCCAGGGAAACCGGAGCUGACAGGAUACAACCUGUCUCCUCUGUCCAGUGAUGAGGUGAGGUCCAUCAACCACCUGAUGAAGAGAUGA